GAGGGAGUGAGGGAAGGAGUGGGCAGGCGCGGAUGUAAUCAGAACUCGUUAUUUUGGAUCGACAGGCCCGAUCCGUCUGCGAGGCCGCUGUGUGUCUCAGAACAACAGAGGCGAAGGAGCAUCAGCCGUGCCGGCUCCUCCAUUCAGUCCGGGACGCGGUCCCUGCAUCACUGACACAUUGCCUCAGAGCUGGGAUACACUUCAGUGGCACCAUGCACUUCGUGACCACAUCUGCUGCGGUGCUGUGUCUGCUGGCUGGGGCAUCGGUGGCCAUUCACGCCCCUGAGACAGUUUUUUUGGACAAGGAGCAGGCAACCUCCUUAAUCUCCCGUCAGAAGAGAAAUACACCUUCCACUCUGGAGCAGGCUUGCAUGGAGAAGGUGUGCAGCUACGAGGAGGCCAGAAAGUUCUUCCAAGACACAUACCGCACGGAUAUCUUCUGGUCAGUCUACGUUGAUGGAGAUCAGUGCGCAGAGAAGCCCUGCAAGAAUGGAGCCAUGUGUUCAGACAGCGUUGGAGGCUUCGACUGUGUCUGUAAGUCGGGUUUCACUGGAGCCCUCUGCGAGAAAGACGAGACUCUGUGCACUCUGGAAAAGGACCAGGGCUGCUCUCAGUUCUGUAAACCAGGCUACAUAUCCUACGAAUGCUCCUGCGCCCGCGGGUGGAAGCUCAACACAGACAAGAAACAGUGUGUGCCUCAAGUCGAGUAUCCCUGCGGUAAGGUGUUCCGUCUACAACAGUUGCAAGGCAAAUUGCCCAGAAUCAGCACCAGUAACCCUGAAGGAAUUGCCUGUCUGUCUUCAGAAUGUCCGUGGCAGGCUGUUCUGGUGAGUUCAGAGUCAGCAGGUUUCUGUAGCGGAGUCAUACUGAAGGAGAACUUUGUCCUGACUACAGCUCAGUGUGCCAACAAAUACCCAUCCUUCCAGGUGGUUGUUGGUAAAGACAGCUCUAGCAGCAGUAAUACUGAACAACAGACGCUGUAUGUUAAAGUGAUUCAUGUCCACCCACGCUAUGUGGAAGGUCGCCCUGAAAACGACCUGGCUGUGAUUGAGCUCCGCGACCGCAUCAUCUUUAAAAGACAAAUCAUUGCUGCCUGUCUGCCAGAACGAGACUUUGCUGAGAGCGUUUUGAUGGCAGGUGACUACACAACAGUGGUCACUGGCUGGAAGGAACCACAGCAGGGGUCUGCUUUCCAGGGCUCGCUCACUCUUAACACCCUGGUGUACAACAAGCUACCCAUGUGUCUGGAAACUCACGGAAACUUGAUGACCAACAAGAUGGGCUGCACUGCACCUCGUGAGAACGCCGACUGCACCAUGAGCUCCGGCAGCCCCCUGCUCACCCUGUACAGGGACGUGUUCUUCCUCACUGGUGUGGUGAGUCAGCCAACAGGGGCCGACUGCAGCAAAGGAUACAUCUUCCAGAAGGUGUCGCGCCACCUCGGCUGGCUGCGGCAAAGAAUAGGUUCACGUUAGGAGCGGUAGUCAGAGAGCACACUGAGGUUAUUGAUCAUGGAAUAGGAUAAUACAGGUUAAUAAAUAAUAAAACAGGGAAACUGAAUAUUUUCCUCCUUCUAACUUAGUCUCUUCUUUAUCCUUGUCCUUGUGUACUUUAAAAAUUUAAAUAACUAACAUAACAUAUAUGCUGUCAUCUCCGUUCCUCUUUGGUGUGUCUCGUUUAUCCACAAGGUGGCUCUCUGGUUACAUAAAGACAGAAGCGUUCAUUACAUGUAUCCUACAGCUACAGCAGAAACGGUGAGAGAUGUGUGAAUUAUUCAGCAUGUGUUUUGUGAUGUGGACGUACCGUUUUAAUAACCUCUGAGCGCUGUACUCGUUGACAUGCACCUUAUAAGACUAUUACUCAUCACUGUUGUAUGAAUGUAAUAAAGUGUAACACCACA